UCAGCUGCCGAGGAAAGUGAAAGAUGAAGCCACCAUUUCUUUUGGUCCUUGUGGUCUGUUCUGUAGUCAGCACAAAUUUGAAGAUGGUUUCAAAGAGAAAUUCUGUGGAUGGCUGCAUUGACUGGUCAGUGGAUCUCAAGACAUACAUGGCUUUGGCAGGUGAACCAGUCCGAGUGAAAUGUGCCCUUUUCUACAGUUAUAUUCGCACCAACUAUAGCAUGGCCCAGAGCACUGGGCUCAGGCUCAUGUGGUACAAAAACAAAGGUGAUUUGGAAGAGCCCAUCAUCUUUUCAGAGGUCAGGAUGAGCAAAGAGGAAGAUUCAAUAUGGUUUCACUCAGCUGAGGCACAAGACAGUGGAUUCUACACUUGUGUUUUAAGAAACUCAACAUAUUGCAUGAAGGUGUCAAUGUCCUUGACUGUGGCAGAAUAUGAAUCAGGCCUGUGCUACAAUAGCAGGAUCCGCUAUUUAGAAAAAUCCGAAGUCACUAAAAGAAAGGAGAUCUCCUGCCCAGACAUGGAUGAUUUUAAAAAGUCCAAUCAGGAGCCUGACGUUGUGUGGUACAAGGAAUGCGAGCCAAAAAUGUGGAGAAGCAUAAUAAUACAGAAAGGAAAUGCUCUUCUAAUCCAGGAAGUUCAAGAAGAAGAUGGAGGAAAUUAUACUUGUGAACUUAAGUAUGAAGGAAAACUUGUAAGACGAACAACUGAAUUGAAAGUUACAGCUUUACUCACAGACAAGCCUCCCAAGCCAUUGUUCCCCAUGGAGAAUCAACCAAGUGUUAUAGAUGUCCAGCUGGGUAAGCCCUUGAACAUACCUUGCAAAGCAUUCUUUGGAUUCAGUGGAGAGUCUGGACCAAUGAUCUACUGGAUGAAAGGGGAGAAGUUUAUUGAAGAACUGGCAGGUCACAUUAGAGAAGGUGAAAUAAGGCUCCUCAAAGAGCAUCUUGGAGAAAAAGAAGUUGAGUUGGCACUCAUCUUUGACUCAGUGGUGGAGGCUGACCUGGCGAAUUACACCUGCCAUGUAGAAAACCGAAAUGGACGAAAACAUGCCAGCGUUCUGCUGCGUAAAAAGGAUUUAAUCUACAAAAUUGAGCUUGCAGGGGGCCUGGGAGCAAUCUUCCUCCUGCUUGUACUGCUAGUGAUCAUCUACAAAUGCUACAACAUUGAAUUGAUGCUCUUCUACCGACAGCAUUUUGGAGGUGAUGAAACUACAGAUGACAACAAGGAGUAUGAUGCCUAUCUCUCUUAUACAAAAGUGGAGCAAGAUACAUUAGACUGUGACAAUCCUGAAGAAGAGCAUUUUGCUCUUGAAAUACUGCCAGAUGUCCUGGAAAAACACUAUGGAUAUAAACUCUUCAUCCCAGAAAGGGACUUGAUUCCAAGUGGAACAUACGUUGAAGAUCUCACGAGAUGUGUUGAGCAAAGCAGAAGACUUAUUAUCGUGCUAACUCCAGACUAUAUUCUCAGACGAGGAUGGAGUAUUUUCGAAUUGGAAAGCAGACUCCAUAAUAUGCUAGUCAGUGGAGAAAUCAAAGUGAUUUUGAUUGAGUGUACAGAAUUAAAAGGGAAGGUGAAUUACCAGGAAGUGGAAUCACUAAAGCGCAGCAUCAAACUUCUGUCCCUGAUCAAGUGGAAGGGACCCAAAAGCAGCAAAUUAAAUUCUAAGUUUUGGAAGCAUUUAGUAUAUGAAAUGCCCAUCAAGAAAAAGGAAAUGCUAUCUCGGUGCCAUGUUCGGGACUCUGCAGAACAAGGACUUUUUGGAGAACUGCAACCUAUACCCUCUAUUGCCGUGACCAGUACCUCGGCCACUCUGGUGUCAUCUCAAGCUGAUGUCCCUGAUUUCCACCAUUCAGAUUCGGUGCAAAUGAGGCACUGUUGCAGAGGCUAUAAACAUGAGAUGCCAGCAUCCACCUUGCCAGUACCUUCCUUAGGCAACCACCACACUUAUUGUAACCUGCCUCUCACGCUACUCAAUGGACAACUACCCCUUAAUAACACCCUGAAAGAUGCCCAGGAAUUUCAUAGGAACAGUCCUCUGCUACCUUUAUCAUCCAAAGAGCUUAGCUUCACCAGUGAUAUUUGGUAGUGAAAAACCUGAAUCCCUCUGAACAGCUGUGUGAGCAUACAUAGCUUCUGCCAAUCCAAGCAUAAAGUUCACCUAAUAUCAUUGAGGUGCUGAAAAAGUGUUUGAAGAAAAAGGCACAGAAAUUGUUUUGUACUUAAAUAUUUUUGUUUACAUUUCCAGAACAGUGGGGG